AUGGACGCCACCAAAAAAGCCGCCUCAGACGCCAUCGAUGAAGUUGUCCAAACAACCAAACAGGCGGAAAAAAAGUUGGAACAAAAGCUCACAUACCUCUGGCACGAAAUCGACGCCUGGCAACAAGACAAUCCCUCCAUAAUCUCCGGCUACCGCCCCGCCUCAAACUCAUAUGCGAAAUCCUUCUCCUCGCUGAGCUACCUGCAUAAUGAAACAGUAAAUAUCUACACGCACCUCUUCGGCGCCCUUUCAUUCCUCAUCCUAUCCAUCGUCCUGUACCGAACUCUCGGUCCGAGAUAUGCGACCGCAACAAGAGAGGAUGUAUACGCAUUUAGUUGUUUCUUCGCGGGUGCGAUUGCAUGUCUAGGCAUGUCCGCUACAUACCACACAAUAUCGAACCACUCGCAUGCAGUAGCACGAUGGGGGAAUCAGCUGGACUACGCAGGCAUUGUGUUUUUGAUCUGGGGCAGUUUUGUGCCGGUGCUGUUUUAUGGGUUUAAGAGCGAGCCGGAGAUUAUGAGGAGGUAUUGGGCUAUGAUCACGACUCUCGCAGCGUGCACGAGCGUUGUCUCGAUGCAUAACAAGUUCCGCACGCCAGCGCUGCGGCCGUUCAGGGCGCUGAUGUUCGUGCUCAUGGGCCUAUCCGCUGUGUUUCCGGUUCUCCAUGGCAUCCAGCUCUAUGGCGUAGCACACAUGCGCGAGGCAGCUGGACUGGAUUGGGUGGUUUUGCAAGGUGUGCUGUACAUCACUGGGGCCGCCAUUUACGCGGCGAGAGUCCCUGAGAAGUGGAGCCCCGGAAAGUACGACAUCUGGGGGUCGAGCCAUCAGAUCUUUCAUGUUUUGGUGGUUUUAGCAGCUACUUCGCAUCUUGUGGGGUUGUUGAAGGCUUUUGAUUUCGAGCAUGGGAGGAGAAGUGGUGGUGUGGAUGGUGGGUCUAUGCAUAAGGUUGGGUUGUGA